AUGUCAUCAAAGGAAAACUCGCCUGAGCGGCCGAAUGACAACGCACAGCAGAAUAGCGACUCGGAGAAGGGCAAGGAUGGCAACGAGGAGCCGAAGCCCGUUGGGUUGUUCUCUCCAGAACUCAAGCAUGUGAGGCGAGAGAUUGCCUGGAAAUGGUUGUUGACUACAGUCAUUCUCAUGAUAGCGAUCAUGGGUGUCUUGUCCCUCUGUGAGUAG